AUGUCAAAGACUGAGGAGCCAUAUUAUGGACCAAAUGCCUCCGAGAAAGAGAUCUUCAUUGAGCGCACAUUCGUAGCUGGAGAUCUUCUUGUGGGCAUCGGUUAUGGCAUCCAACUCGUUCUCUUUACGAGCUGUGCAACAUUCCUUUGGAGUCAAAUCCGGUCAUCGUCAAGGCGUAACAAGCGAGCAAAUAGGAUGUCCAUCUUCCUGGUCGCGUAUAUGUCUUUGCUCUUGACCGUUGAGACUAUCUAUGUCGCUGUACAGGCGCGAACGGUCCAGGACAUUUAUGUCGAUAACCGAAACUAUCCGGGAGGACCGUGGCAAUACUUUCUUGCUACCCAGGACAAGGCGAUCAAUGUUAUCUUCUAUGCGACGCUGUUUUUAGCUGCAUUUCUGGCUGACCUGCUGGUGCUUUGGCGGUGCUGGGUCAUCUGGCGAGCGGGAUCAGGCGCUGGUCCUGCAUACACAGCAAUCGCCUUCCCCGGCUUAAUGCUCCUUGCAUCGUUUGUAAUGGGCACGCUGUGGACACUGCAACCCAGCCAACCUGGACUCUCACUCUACUCUGCACUUCCAAGGGCAUAUGGAAUGUCAUACUUCUUCAUCUCCCUUGGAUCCAACAUCGUACUUACAAUUCUUAUCGUGGUCCGGUUGCUCAUGUACCGGCGCGCCAUGCUCCAAAGCUUACCGGCCGACUACGCGAAGGAUUAUUAUGGUCUGGUCACCAUCGUCGUUGGCACGAACCUUGACUUCAAGGCUGCGACUCGGGCGCAAAAUGAGUCCAGUGUUCCCCAAACUGACAGUUCUGCAAAAGCAAAUGAGAUUUCUGACAAUUUCAGUACUAGUCAUGAAAAGGAGAACGAUGCUGUAGUUUGA